CACUGACAGGCACUGAUAGGCGGCACUGAUUGGCAGCACUGAUAGGUGGCACUGACUGGCACUGAUGGGUGACACUGAAAGGCAGCUCAGAUGGGCACUGAUAUGUGGCAUUGAUGUGGCACUGAUGGGCACUGUCAGGUGGCAUGGAUGAGCACUGAGAGCUGGCACUGAUGGACACUGACAGGUGGCGCUGCUGGGGCUACACAGAUCAUCAGUGCACACUGAUCACAAGUGCUCUGAUGAUCUCUGUCAGUGUGACAGCUUGUGGGGAGAGAAAUGCCGAUAACCGACAUUUCCCUGUUUACAUGUGAUCAGCUGUGAUUGG